AUGAAAGUAUUCGGGCAGUCUACAUUUGACAUGUUUGCCGACCCCACAGUACUUGACAAUGAAAAGGACGUUCUCUAUGAUGUAUUCACCACUUUUACAAAUGCUGGUAUCGAUUACAAUUACAAGUUUAUAAAUGGCAGUGUGAUCAUUGAGAGUACACCCGCUAAUUCGGAAAGUCUAAAUAAACGCUUUUCACCAUGCUUGGACACUGAACUCAAUAAGAUUCCGGACAUCAACUCGAUCGUGGCUGCAAUAAAUGUAGCCAAACGAUCAAAUGCAAAUUCUUGCAUAGCCGGUAUUUCUUACAAGGCUGAGAAGAAAGGCGAAACUUACACAGUUUGUGCUUUACCAACGGGGUUCAUGAUUCACGGGGUCAAUAUGGACGUCUUGGUCGAGUACAUCUGGAAUCGUACUAAAAUUCAGCCUCCGACACUUGACUCUUCGGUGCACAAGUGCUCGUCUGUGGCUUCUUAUAUAAGCACGACUGAAGUUGGGCGCGCUAUGCUCACUGGACAAUCGUAUCUCACAAAUACAACAAGAAAGCUCAGGGCUGAGGUCAGUUGGAUCUUUGGAUCGAAAGACCUGCCGACAUGUUCGUGCAAGUCAACUCCACGCCCAUGCAUUUUUAUACAUGGGCUCGGCUGUUCUCCAGAAUUGGCCGAAAAUCAGGAUGAGUUUCAUAAAUACUGGGGAGAUUUGACGGGUCAUACACCGUGUUGCUCGUCAAUAAAAUUUGCAAGACUAGAUACGGUCAAUUUCGCCUGGACUGACCAGACAUUGCAACAGAAGUUGUGUGAUCGUGUACUUGCGGUAAGUGACACUAGCACAGACUCUCGGAUUACAGACACGAUUAUUGUGACGCAUUCCAUGGGUAAUCUCAUCCUUGCGGGAGCAAUUGCAAAUGGACGAUGCAAGCUCGAAAGCAGCUCAACAUGGGUAGGAAUGUCAGGACCAAUGAAGGGCAGCAUGGCGUCCGAUAUCAUCCAAGAAUCGUGCGCUGGCAAUUCAAACUUCGUUUAUGAUAAACUUGCAAAAAUUAUAGGAAAGUGUCCUCCUACUGAAGCUUUGAAAUCGUUAGCGUAUGAAGGCGGCAGCUUCUGUUCCGAAGAGCUUGAUGCAGCGUACAAAGCAGCACAAAAAGUUUACCGAGAGCAAGUGUAUGCACUCAGUUGUAGUGAAAAUUAUUUCGGGUUGUGGUCGAAAUACCAAGCGCAAUUUUGGAUAGUUGCACAAAUGAUUCCACACAAGUCUAGUAAGAACGAUGGGUUUGUUGAAUUUCAGAGCUGCGCCGCCGAAAUUCCGGACUCUAGGUUUGGCAGCUCGUAUCUCGACCGAUUUUAUAGAAAUUCUCUCAAUCACUUUGACAUGCGGUUUCUUGCGGGUGAUUCCUCGCGAUCGAAAUCAAAGAUGCCGCUGAAGUGGUUUGAAUGUCUGUUGUAA